AUGGCUGGAGUCUUGGCAAGAUUCCCAGGAGUCGCCUUUAUCACUGGCGCGGGAGGGACAGGAAUUGGAGCUGCUGUGGCUAAGGCCUUCGCAACUUCAGGAUGUUCCAGGUUUGCCAUCACAGACAUCAAUGGGGACUCUCUAUCCCGAACCCGCGACGCGAUUGUGGCUCUGAAUCCCAAAGCGCACGUAGUUCUCCGUACCGGUGACGUUUCCGAUGAGUCUUUUGUCGACUCUUUCAUGGCCAACGUCUCCAGCACGUUCCGCCGCGUCGACUAUGCCGUCAAUUGCGCAGGCAUCCUUGGGAAUGACCUCCGCUCUACAGAAACACCGGUGAGCACGUUUGAUGCCAUCACCAGUGUCAAUUACAAGGGAACUUGGCUGGCCUCCCGGGCGGCACUGGCGCAGAUGCUGAAGCAGGAACCGCUUUCGGCGCAUCCGAAACAGCGUGGAGCUAUAGUCAACAUCGCCAGCCAGCUCGGCAUUGUCGCCCGUCCAGGCGCCGCUGCCUAUUGUGCUUCCAAAGCUGCCAUUAUAAACAUGACGCGUUCUGAUGCGAUCGAUUACUCGCGUGACGACAUCAGGGUGAAUUGCGUCUGCCCAGGAGUGAUAGAGACGCCCAUGACCACGGGGUCCGAGGAGGUGACGCAGCGACUGAAACCGGCCAUUGACAUCGCGCCAAUGCGGAGGAUGGGAAAGCCGGAGGAGAUUGCUGAUGCUGUCUUGUUCUUAUGCUCGAGUCAGGCGUCGUUUAUUCAGGGGCACGCUCUGGUGGUUGAUGGGGGAUAUACGAUUAAUUAG